AUGGAGACAAUCCUUAAUAAAGAAACAGCGAAGAGCAUAUGGGACUCAACGAGGCAGAAAUACCAAGGUUCCACCAAGGUGAAACGAGCUCAGUUGCAAGCACUUCGAAGGGAGUUUGAGAUACUUCAAAUGCAAGAGGGAGAAACAGUCAAUGAGUACUUCUCUCGGACUCUCACCAUUGCCAACAAGAUGAAGGCUCACAGUGAAAGGAUGGAAGAGAUCGUGAUAGUAGAGAAGAUCCUGAGGUCAAUGACUCCGAAGUUUGAUUAUGUAGUAUGUUCUAUCGAGGAGUCAAAGAACCUUACAACAAUGAGCAUUGAUGAAUUACAGAGUAGUCUGCUCGUACAUGAGCAAAGGAUGCAAGGUCAUAGGGAGGAUGAACAUGCCUUGAAGAUCACAAAUGCAGUAAGGGUUGGAGGAAGAGAAGAAGAGAGGUUUGGAGGGAGAGGAAGAACUCGUGGUGGCUACAGAGGAAGAGGUCGAGGGAGAGGCAGAAUACCUUUCAAUAAGGCUACAAUUGAGUGUUACAAAUGUCAUAAGUUAGGACACCUUCAAUAUGAGUGUCUUGACUGGGAAAAAGGGGCCAACUACGCAGAGUUUGAUGAGGAGGAGGAGAUGCUUCUAAUGUCAUAUGUAGAACUCCACAACUCAAAGAGAGAAGAGGUAUGGUUUCUCGACUCUGGCUGCAGUAACCACAUGAGUGGUAAUAAGAGUUGGUUUUUGGAUUUGAAUGAGAAGUUUAGGCACUCAGUAAAACUUGGAAAUAAUUCAAGAAUGGCUGUGAUGGGGAAAGGCAAUAUCAAGCUACAAGUUGGUGGAAUAACUCAGGUAUUCAGUGAAGUUUAUUAUAUACCUGAGUUGAGGAACAAUUUAUUGAGUGUUGGUCAACUCUAG